AUGCCAAAGAAAUCAGACCCCCAGCAGCUCGCCAAAGCUAUAAAAGCGUACUAUGAGAGAAAGGAACCACCAAUUGCGCCGCUAGCGCGAGAGUUUGGCGUUGCUUAUGGAUUGUUACGCACUCGAAUCCGCGUUCGCGAGCACGAAUCCUUUAUGACCGAUGCUCCAACCCAAAGCCAAAACGAAAGCCAAAGCGAGGGCCAAAACGAGGGCCAAAAAAAGGAUGCGCCACCCACCGGUGAAUCGAGCACAGCACAACAAUCAAGCUCGACACGCAACACCAACUCCCAGCCGCGCGAUAUGCAUGCCGGUCCGACUCCACAAAUCACCAGAUGUGUUCCGUGGGACAUGUAUAAGCCCGAAGGGAAAACACUGGAAGUCUUUGACCGGUGGAUUGACAAAUACAUUGGAACCCUUCCCGAGGGAUUCAGAGCUACUGCGAAGCCCCCACCAUCAAGAUGGAGUGAGGUUUUGCGGACCGAUUCGUGGAACGAGAAAUUAUCUAAGUGCACGUCUCCUCAAGCCGUCAUGGAGCUAUACUCCUCGGUUCGGUUUAUGCCCACUCAAAUUCCUCAGCUUACUUCUGACCCGAAAGAACCUUCGGAAGAACAAGAAGGGUUGGCGUACGACCAGAUUGUUGACAUGUCUGAUCUCAUUUAUGCGCUUCACAAGGAUAUGCAGAAAGACCAAGCUAAAUUGCAAAGGCUCAUCACGGCGCAGCUUUCUCUGCAGGAUCGCAUAAUGCAGAAAUCCGCGAAAAUGUCCCAUCUACACCUGUGUGUGUCUGCUCUUCUACCAAACUGGGGCAUAUAUGGUUGUGACAAAGCGCCUUAUGACCCCGAGACAUCUGAAUCAGAUUCCGAUGAAUCAGACAAGCAACAGGAUCAAGUCGAGCAGGAAUUGAAUCGCGAAGCUAGUAACCCGGCACAAAAGGAAAAGAGCCCUGAAACUCCAAGCGGACAGAGACGAACGAGAUCGGUGGCGAAACGGUGA